AUGACCUCCCUCCCCCGCGCAGUCCAGACCAUUAUAGACAAGGAUGAGAUCCGAACCGUCAUCUAUCGGUUCGCUCGUGGAGCAGAUCGCCUGAUUCGCAACGUCGUCCAGUCCGUCUACCACGAAGAUGCCACAGAUAACCACGGGACCUACAACGGCCCAGCCAAAGACUUCUUCGACUCAAUGGGCUCUAAUUCAAUCAAGACUGCCCAUCACCAGAUCGGUCAAUCUCUCAUUGAGAUUGAGGAAGAUGGUCGCAAGGCGCAUGCAGAGACGUACUGCACCGCUACAACGAUCGUCGGAGUUGGACAGGAGGAGAAGUGGACUACGUUCUUGGUGCGUUAUGUUGACAACUUGGAAAAGAGAGAAGGUGAAUGGAGGAUAACUCACCGUUUCUGUGCGUUUGACGGCGCUUCUGAGGGUGCUAUUAUGAGAUAUCUGCCGAAGGAGAACCUAGGUACCCGUGACGAGAGUGACUACUCUCGAUGUGUCUUCAAGGAUUAG